AUGUCGGCAGGGCCUCACUUGUGGCGGCGAGAGCUCCGCGUGUUGUGGAGUGUAUUCUUCGCGGCGACGACGUUUCCUUUCGAUUCUCGCGAGCGCCUGCGCGCCUUUAAUCCGCCCGAUACGAGCCCGGCGUUCCUUUUCCUCCUUCUCUUCAACUCUCGCCCUUCUUUUUGCUUUCGACGACGAGACGAAGUUGCCUUUGACGACGACGAGAUUUCCAACGGUACGAAAUGGAAAUCUAAGGAAACGGUCAAGCGAUCACGAACACGAAAGCAAGCCCUCGAUCUUUGGCCAAUAUCUACGCUCAUUGACUAUAAUUGUCAAGAUAUACUUCCCCGCCACGUCAAGAGACAGUUUAUCAACUCGACCUCGACCCAACAGGACACCUUCCCUCCUGUGACGGAGCUUCCCACUGAGACCGAGCUGCCCAUCGAGACGGCAACCCCCGAGAAUGAGGAUGAGGAUGAGUCUUCGACGGAGGCCGGAGAACCCACUGUCGAGGUACCCGUCGACACCAUCACCGAGUCGCUCGCCGAGUCGGAGUCCAUCAUCGACAUCAUCACCGAGUCCCUGGCUGAGUCGAGCUCGUCGCCCGAGCUUGUGCGUGACACCUCGGAUAUCCUAACUCUCUCGAUCCCGACAACCAUUCUAGUGACCACCACGCCUCCUCCUUCAGCCAGCCCGCCCGAGACUAUUGUCCAGCCUACCCAAGCGAGCGAGGCCGAGGAGACGGAGCCGGAGGAGACUGAAUCUGCUCCCGAAGAGACUAUCAGCACCCCCGCCACCGAGGAGGAGGAAGGCACUGAAGUCGCCCCCGUUCCCGUUCCCGAGACGACCAAGACCUCGACAAGCUCUGGUAUCGUCAUUGCUCCCGGCGGUGUUGUGACGGAGGAAUCGAGCUCUGCCGCCCAAGUCGAGACCACCACUUCGGCGGCCGCUCCUACCACGACCACGACCAAGGAGGCUACCAAGCCCGAGGAGACCGAGGAGAAGCCCGAGGAGAAGCCGGCUGAGGAGACGACUACCGAAGGCGCUGUCGUUGUACCCGCUGAUUCCACAACCACCACUCCUCCUGCCGACCCUACCACCACGGCCAAGGUCGAGACCGUCACUCCGCAGGAACCCGAACCCACCGAGCCUCCUGUUGUUGUGGUGCCUACGACCACCACCAGCAAGGGCAUCAUUGAUGGAGUGGUGGAUCCUAUUGAGUCGAUCAUCUCGAGCAUCGUCAACCCCGAUCCUCCGGCCAACACUACCACGGAUGUCGUCAUCCCCAACCCGACGCCUACGGACGAGCCCGUCACCGUGACUCCCCAGGAGCCCAAGCCUACCGACCCUCCCGUGGACCCUUCGCCGACCGAUCCCCCGUGGACCCCACGGAGCCCGACACGACGACGACGUCGGAUGAACCCGUCACGACCCCUCCCCCGGCAACACGACGGUUUCGGAGCCUCCCGAGGAGCCGACCACCGUGGUGCCCCUCCCGUGGCGGACACGACGACUUUUACUAGCGUGCCCGCGGCGAGCACGGUGAUUGGCAAGGAUGCCUGGCUUGGUACCAAGCUGGCUGCAGACGACGCGACGGCGACUGCCAACUCGGAGCUCCCGGCGCCUACCAACGGCGAGGAGCUUCCUGCGGGCAUGCCCAAGACGAUUGAUGCCUCGGAUGAUGUUGUGACGCAACCAGCGGGCACGACGUUGAUCCGCAUCGUGUUUGACCGCCGUCUCCACUACGAAUUCGUGGCGGAGAACUUUACUGCUGCCCAGCAGAUCUUUACUUUCCUCCCGCAGGUGAUCUCGUACGGCGAGGGCAUCGACGAGAAGGACAUUCGCAUGUUGCGAUUGGUGCCGAUCGAGACCAAGCAGAAGAAGGGAUGGAUCACGACGUCGGCGCUGGCCGAGGGUGAGGCGAGCAACAGCGACGCCUCGGGCGAGCCCGGUGGCUCUCCCUUCACCAACAGCGACCCCGACAGCAACGCUGGCGAGGAGCAGUCUCCGUCUCAAAAGGGCGCGACUGUGGGUAUCGCCUUUGGCGCGGUCAGUAUUGCGGUAGCGUACGGCGCGGCCAUGUUCCUCGUCGCGCGUCGGUACAAGCGCAAGAAGCAGGCGCACCGCCGAGCGAGCUCCGUUACCGAAGUUACGCACUCGGACAUGCGGUACAGCGGGUCGGGCAGCCCCGCGGCAGCUAUGAUGGGUGGCGCCCUCCUGAGCCGGGACUUCUCCAGCUACGGCGGCGUUGCUGGUGGAAGGAAAGCCACGGCAGCGGACGCAGCGGCGCGGGCAACUCGGGCCGCACCGCCUACAUCUCGGCGCCUGUUGCGGCGGAGAACUCUCUCGGAUGGAACUAAAACAGGUCUCAAAAGAGUUUUUGUGACUCGCCUCGAAACCCUCCCUUGA